AUUUUAGUUUGAAGGCAACUUCUAAGCAGAAAGGUUAAACAUGGGAAAGUUCGGGCUUAUUUUAGCCAUAUUGGCGUUAGCAAAUUUGACUGCUUUAAUGGCAGCAAAAAUGGAUUGGUGGGAAGAUGCUUCUUUCUAUCACAUUUAUCCACGAUCUUUUAAGGAUAGUAAUGGUGACGGAUAUGGAGAUAUUAAUGGUAUUACGGAGAAACUGGAAUACCUUAAAGAAAUUGGAGUAACUGCCACUUGGUUGUCUCCUGUAUUUAAGUCUCCAAUGGUUGACAUGGGUUAUGACAUUUCCGAUUUUUACGAUAUUGAUCCGUUAUUCGGUACAAUGGCUGACUUUGACAGGUUGAUCAAGAAAGCAAAGAAACUUGGCAUCAAAAUCAUUUUGGACUUUGUCCCAAAUCACUCCAGUGAGGAAUGUGAAUGGUUUAAGAAAUCUGUUAAUCGGGAAGAUGGUUUCGAUGAUUUCUAUGUUUGGGCUGAUGGUAAAGAUGAUCCGAAAAAUCCAGGAAAGAAACUUCCACCAUCUAAUUGGGAAAGUGUUUUUGAUGGUUCGAUGUGGACAUGGAAUGACAAACGUGAACAGUUCUAUUUACAUCAAUUCUAUCCUCAACAACCGGAUUUCAAUUUGAGAAAUCCUCAAGUUCACAAAGUUCUUCUGGAUGUUUUGAAAUUCUGGCUGGAUCGUGGUGUACACGGCUUCCGCAUCGACGCUGUCCCACAUAUGUAUGAAAAAGUCAACGAUGACGGAACUUAUCCCGAUGAACCUGUCAAGGAAGAUGAUCCGACUAAAUUGAAAAAUAUUUAUACCAGAGAUCAAUAUGAAACUGUAGAGAUAUUAUAUGAGUGGAGAGAAUUCUUGGACGCUUACCGAAAGGAACAUGGUGGUGAUACCAGAAUAUUGCUGGCUGAAGCUUUUUCGCCAAUAAAUGUUCUUGAUCAAUAUUUUGGUAAUGGUACACAUUUCGGUGUUCAUUUACCAUUUAAUUUCAAUAUUAAGGAUAUGCCAACACCAUCUGAUGCUAAGGUCUUGCAAACAACAGUUGACAAAUGGAUGGCAGUUAUGUGGAAAAAUCACAAAAUGGCUAACUGGGUGGCAAGCACACACGAUGGUGCAAGAGUUACCUAUCGAUUGGGACAAGAGAAAAAAGACUUGAUACAAAUUUUGAUUUCAGCAUUGCCAGGUGCUUCUGUUAACUAUUACGGAGAAGAAAUCGGAAUGAGUAAUAUUGGUGACGAUUGCUCAGAAUGUCCUGAAUUUCGUUUCUAUGGACGAUCACCAUUCCAAUGGAAUGAUGGCAUCUCAGCUGGAUUUUCAAAGUCCAAUUCGACCUGGAUGCCAGUUGCUGAUGAUUAUAAAACUGUCAAUGUCAAAGUAGAACGAGGCAUACCACGGAGUUCAUUGAAUAUUUACAAAGGUAUUCAGAGGCUUAGGAGAACUCCUGCUUUUAAGGCAUUCAAGGAUGCUGGAGGAUUUCUGUAUGGUGCUCUUAAUCAACAAGUGUUUUUGAUUGUGAGAUCCACACCACGUGAAGAAUACCGUAUUUUGUUAAACAUGGGCAAUCAAACAGAAAAUGUAAAGGCAGUUAGAGAAACUCCCGAUGUUAAAAAUUACAUUUACGAAUAUGUCUUGGCAACAGAAUAUUCACCACGCAAUAUAGGAGAUAAAGUUGAUGCAAGAGAAAUUACUUUAAUGCCAAAUGAGGGAGUUGUUUUAAAGAAAAAGUUUUUCUAAAUUAUUGAUUUUAAAUGUUUUUAAAUGAUUAAUAAACAUUUUAAAUAUUAAA